AUGCCGGUUAUAUUAGAAUCUAGAGCUAUUGAAGCAGGAUGUUGUACAGGAGCAAAAAUUGAAGCGAUUGAAAUUGAUCCCGAUGAAGGUGGCGUGACGAGAAUGAGAGGUGGAAUACCAUGUUGGACUUUACCAGCUGGGUACCUUGGAUCAUCUUUUAUAGGAGCAUUAUUGAUAUUUUGUGGAUUUAAUGUCAUGGCAUCUAAAGUUGCAUCAGUUAUUCUUGGUGUAUUAUUACUCAUUCUUUUAUUUUGGGCAAAGAAUUGGUUAACAAGAGGACUAACUGUAUUUUUUGCUUGUGUUAUUGUGGGAUUAUGGUUUAUUGAAAAGGGUGCAGGAUUAAAAUAUUUUGUGUUAUUUGUUGGUGUAAUGUCCUGUCUUUACUCUGUAUGGGAUAUUAUGGAUGAUUUAGUAUUCCGCAAAGUCAAUGAAUCGGAUGCUAGUAAAUUUGCUAAAUUAUGCAGAUGUUGUCCUGCUCAAGUGUGGGGAGUUAUAUGGUUAUUUAUUAGUAUAUUAUUUUUAGGAGUUGGAGUUUUGGCUGGAUUAAUUGCCUUUAAGCAAAAAGACCCCGAAUAG